CCUCCACCGCACGGGAUGGAAAUUAGUCUUCCGGUGGAACUGAACUGGGCUAACGAAAGUAAUAAAAAAAUGAUCAUCAACAGUAGUGCAAGGUGUGUGGUGACGGUGUUGCUAGCCUGUCUAGCUGUUGCGUCCGGGGUACGCUUUCACCUGAGUGAGCAGAAUGACAUUCUACCGAGCAGUUCUGUGCGACGACCGUUCUACGUGGGGGCUCGCAUCGUGGGAGGAUCGGUGGCGGCGGAAGGACAAUUCCCGCAUCAGGUCGCAUUACUCCGAUCGAACGCACUGACCUGUGGAGGAUCGCUGAUCGAUAGUCGCUGGGUACUGACGGCGGCACACUGUGUUUAUAAUGGUGGAGCUCUUGUUCCAGCAUCGGCGAUCGUAGUCUUAGCUGGCUCUGUUAGCCUGAGCAGUGGAGUACGACGUGCCGUGGCGAGAGUGAUACCGCACGAACGGUACGGUAACUUCCAGAACGAUGUGGCGCUUUUGCAGCUGCAGCAGUCACUGCCCAGUUCGACCUAUAUCCGACCAAUCUCCUUGCGCACGACCAAUGUGCCAGCGGGCAGCGAGAUCGUUAUCUCUGGCUGGGGCCGUAUUUAUCAAGGUGGUCCAACAUCAACGCUGCUUCGAUACAAUCGCGCCACCGUAAUUCCGGAUCAACAGUGCCGUGCUGCUACCGGUAUUUCGAGCGGACUCAUCUGCUUUACCUCACCGGCUAACAAUGGUGCCUGCAAUGGUGAUUCUGGCGGUCCGGCCGUACUGAACAAUCAGCUCGUCGGCGUUGCUAACUUUAUCAUCAACUACUGUGGGUCUAGCAGCCCCGACGGCUACGCGAAGGUGUCCGACUUUGUACCCUGGAUUCAAUCCACGAUGCGCCGUUAUUAGUCAUGCCGCGGCGCGGUGCUGUGCUGUGAUGAUUUGCCAAAACGAGGCAGCGAGCGCGAGCGAGGGGCAAAAACAAAUGUGAUGGGAAAAUAUUUGUUCACUGACGUCUGUUUGCGAGUGUGGACCGGAAAAUAAUUGUAACGCAUCGUUGUUUGCAAGCUGCACGCGCGUGGGCAUGUUUGGUACAAUCCCUUGCGUUGUUGGUAGCUUGGGUGAUGUCUGACAAUUUUAGAAAGAAACCAUGUAAAUAAAUCGGGGAAUGGAAUUUUUUAUUUGCGUAAAAUAACGAAGACACAAGAAUGCGAAGUCUUUGUCCAUUCGAACUUUCGACUUGCGUGCUUAUUAAGCGCUUAAAACAAAUUAGCUAGGUAACACCUUCUGCGGUUCUUAAGAUUUGUUCUUAGGUGAAAGUAUUUGUUGAUAAAUAAUUGUUUCGGUGCUUCGUUGUCAUUUAUUGGGAAUUAAUAAUAACAUUUGAACGACAAUAAAUAUUGGCUUUGUAUAAAAGUUCACAAUAAAAACUUUAAUAAGUACAUUUAACAUUUCAUACGAAUUAUGACGCUUUUCUUAACGCAAAAAUU